AUGUUAUUUUGCUAACUUCACACUGGUGCGCUCUCAAAACAAAUACGUGCGUCGUGGUGCGGUCCAUUGUUUAUAGGCCCAAUCUUAUUCUUGGGAUCUAAUUCUUGUGAGAAUCCAAGUGGAUUCGCUCCCUUGCGCUGUAAAUCAUUCAUAAAAAACUCUUUUUCCACUCCCGCUGAGCGUUCAAUUGAAUCCUCUCGCCACGAUGGAGGUCGACCGUGCCGACGAAAACGUGGCGGUGGAUGAGAACGCGAAGCCGGUGGCCGCCGACGAGGGCGCAGCGGGAGACGCUACGACUUCUAAUAGCGAGCGUUUGAAACGCAAAGGCAAGAAAUACGCCCGCUCGAACAGCAAAGAUGGUGGAGUUGCUAGUACGACUCCUUUACCCAAGUACCGCAGCUGGAAGAAUAGCCGCCGACCACGCAAUGGACACGGCCGGGGCUUGCCGAAAAAAGGUGGCGCCGGAGGCAAGGGUGUCUGGGGCGCUCCCGGCUCGGAAAUGCUGGAGGAGCUGGUGGAAGACGCCAACGACCCCAACUACGACUCCGAGGCCAUCUCCAACGGGGACGUCGAGUUCAAGCAGGUCAUCGUUGAGGCUGACCCUGAAGAAGUCAUGCACAAAUCGGAGCCGGUUAUCCUGGAGUACUUCGAGCAUGGCGACACCAACGCCGCCUGUGAAGACUUCCUGGAGUUUGUCACCGCGAAACGGAGUCACUUGGUGUGCGAGAUGAUAGUUGAGAUCGCGUUGGACCACAAGCCUUCGCACUGUGAGAUGGCGUCCGUCCUCAUCUCAGAUUUGUACGGGAGGGUGUUUUCCGCGAAAGACAUUGGCUAUGCGUUCGAAAGGCUACUGGACAAGCUUCCGGACUUGGUGCUGGAUACGCCCGACGCCGCUGUCUUGCUGUCAAACUUCAUAGCGCGCUGCGUGGCCGACGACUGUCUACCGCCGCGGUUUGUGCAGUCGCUGGCAGCGGCUGAGCUGAACACGCACGCCAGGCGAGUUGCGACCUUAUUUAUUAUGAAUAAGGGUCAGAUUGCUGUGACAGACAAAUUGCGACCUUGUGUAGUAGCGGAUAAGUGUCACAUCGCCGCUGUCUUGCUGUCAAACUUCAUAGCGCGCUGCGUGGCCGACGACUGCCUACCGCCGCGGUUUGUGCAGUCGCUGGCAGCGGCUGAGCUGAACACGCACGCCAGGCAAGCGAUCCAUAGAGCCGAGACGCUGUUAUCCAUGAACCAAGGUCUAGUGCGGUUGGAUAACAUCUGGGGGGUCGGCGGUGGAAUCAGGCCAGUCAAAUCCCUGAUCCGUCAAAUCCAGCUGCUUCUCAAAGAGUACCUGACUUCCGGCGAGCUGGCCGAAGCCGUGCGAUGCGUGAGGGAGCUGGAAGUGCCACACUUCCAUCACGAGCUAGUCUACGAGACCGUUCUCCUGGCGGUGGAGUCCAUAAACUCCAGUGUCGAGGAGCAGUUAUGCACGUUCCUUGCGGAACUACGGCGCUGCGUCAUAGUCAGCCCCGACCAGAUGGAUCGGGGCUUCCUCCGGGUUUUAGAGGAUAUGUCGGACAUAGUGCUGGACGUGCCGCUGGCGUACAUAAUGCUGGACCGCUUCAUGGAGCGCUGCCAGCGCAAGUUCCGGCUCGGCGACCACGUGCUCAAGCGCGCGCCCACAAGGUGAGCAUUGGGAGACGUGUGGCG